AUGUUCAAUAACGACUGGAAGUUCUCAAUUAAUUCGAAGACGUUUGAGUCUUUGGAUACGUCUUUAUUCAUCAAUUAUAAAUUUACUACCUUGAUGAGCUUCUUCUUCUUUGUGCUGAUACUCACAAUUUUGAAAGCAGCAUUAUUCAUUUCGGAUGUGUACACUUGUGUCAAGUUGCUGGCAUUUAAUAGUUGGUCCAACGACCUUAUUCAGCCAUAUAUUCCCUUCCGAAUUUCGAAGUGGCUAUUCAGUGGUUGUAUCUUAGCUUCUAUCGCACUCAUGAUAUGGGAAGUAGUAAACGGAAUAAGGAUAUAUCGCACCAGAAACAUUUCCCUAACUUAUGUGAACAACUUUUCUCGAGCAAUAUAUUCCCUAACACAAUACGAUAAGUUUUGCGUAUUCAACAAGGUCACGCCUAAGGGCACUUAUCAACGCAUUGCGUUUUUUACGUUUUUCGAGUUAAAGGAUUGUAUCAGACUACUUUUUGCGGACACUCCAAGACAGGUUAUUAAUGGACUGACUCUCUGGUCUGUUAUCGUGACUGUGGAUAAUGGUGCGAAUUUGGGCAAUGUUGAAAACUUCCAAGGAUUGAUUUCAAAAAUCAAGACAAUUGCUAAUACAAACCGUGAAGAAGCGGUGUUGCUUUCUUUUAUGCUCUUUUCUUUCAUCAUAUGGGCAUUCUUCAUUUCGAAACUUUUGAUUGCAUGCAUUUGCUCUGUAUUCGUAUACUAUCGAUUAAUCCAUGAUCGGAAGAUGAGUGGUCUGAAAGAAUUCGUAUGUACCACUGUGAGUGAUAAAGUCGAUCAACUUGUGGAUAAAUACGAAAAGCGGAAACAGUUCACUAGAGCCUAUCAAAACGGGCCAUCUACGAGCUCAUCAUUGCAACUUGACGAUUUGGAGCCUGCAAGGUGGGCGGUCAAGAAUUAUUCACAACCAAGUUUGAACACCUCCACAGCUGAUCUACUGCAGAAAAACUCGGACACUACUUCUCGUGGUGCUUCCCCAGCGCCGAAGCUAAACUUGUUAACAUCAGUGGAAAGCCUGCCAGACUAUGAAAGUGAUCCGAUAGUGGCAACUUCACCCAUUGUUAACUUACAGGGUGGUUUUCCAAGAAGGGAAGUGAAAUUUAACUCAUUCACUAAUGUACACACCUUUGAUUCCGCGGUGUCGAACAAUCAACCUUCGUUUGCUAGGCUUAACAAUAACGAUUCUUUCAACUCUGUUGGAACGUCAAAUACUGUUCCAAGUUACUACUUUGCCACAGGGAAAAGCGAGAACAAUUUGAGGAGGAAUGUAUUAGAUCAACAGCCCUCCAAAAACUUUCACGAUAACAUAAAUAGAGGCGAAAGCGAUAAUUUUGCGAUUAACGACGGUGUUGACGACAGCACACCGCAAUCUAAAGCAUAUUGUUCACCACCGCCGAGUACUUCCAACAGCCACGUCUAUACACCAGACAGGGCCUACUUCGGGGAAUCUGCAUUCCAAAGGGAUCGCACUGCGCAGGAUAGUCUGCCGCAAAGAUCAACAAGCUUAUUAAAUAGGCGGGAUAGGAUUGAGAAUGAGGAUUAUGAGUAUUAUGCCCAGAGAGGUAUUUAUUGA